GCAGGGUGGAUGUCUGCUGGAGGAAGGGAGCGAGCAGGUGUUUCUCUUAUUCAGUCCACCCCGUGUGCAGCCUGGUGUCUUACCUUUGCACCCCGGUCCAGCAGGAGGCGGUACUUCGCCACACUGAGCACUUUGGGCCGCUCAGUCUCGUGUCCGUGUUUACAAGCGAAGCGUGACGUGCAGAGACUCGCCUCAAUACGUCUCCCGGCGCAACUAAAACCAACAAAUUCUCGUUAGUAACGUCAAAAAUGCAGUCACUGAGAGCGUUUCUCAGCGAGAGACUGACAGCAGCGGCGGAGGAGAUAUUUGGAGCUGUGGAGAGGACAAUAGCCGAGUACAAAGAGGAGAUUUGUCGCUCAAAAGAUUUGGAAAUCAGUCGGCUGAAGAUGCAGCUGAAGCUUCUCAAGUCAGAGCCUCCGUUGGAUAGAAGCCUACCAGCCCAGAUGCAGCAGCUCACCCAUCACCCUCCUCCCCCUGAGCAGCAGCAGCAUCGGUCAGUCCCUGCUGUGGAGCCUGCUGAGCCCCAGCACUGUGAGGAGGAGGAGGAGGAGGAGGGCAGCAGCCUGGAGCAGGAGCAUCCAGAGCCCUCUCAGGUGAAGAAGGAGCAGCAGCUGAAGAGCCACAGGGACUUCUGGAUGGCUCAAGAUGCAGAGCAGCUGGAAAGCCUUGAAUCAGACAUUAAGGACUUCAUCUCAUCUCCUUCCAGUCUUAAGGGCAACCUGCAGGACCACGGCUUACCCUUCCACCCUUACCACAACAACCACAGCGAGGAGAGCAGAGACAAACCCUACUGCUGCUCUGUGUGCGAGAAGCGCUUCAGUAACUGCUCCCACCUCGCUGCUCACAUCAGGACACACACAGGAGAGAGGCCUUACAGAUGUGACAUAUGCAGGAAGACUUUUAUCACAACGAGCGCUCUGAACAGGCACCAGACGAUCCACACUGAGGGGAAACACUUUGUGUGCGUUUACUGUGGCAAAUCCUUCAAGUGGAUGGAGUCGCUCGGCAGGCACAUCAGAAGUGUGCACAAGAGAGAUGAGAGUGUCCCUGACUCUCACACUAAUGUCCAAUAGAUGUUGUCACUGUGUGUGUUAGUCAUCUGUGAUUAAAACACAAAGAAUGUAAAGUCUGUUAUGUUGUGCAUGGACCUGAAUAAGCCUGGUAAGCCAGUCAAU